AUGGCAACAAGAAAAAAAGAAAGAUUACAUAAAACAGGAAAGUCAAAUAGAAAAAGUUAUUUUAAUCUAUCUGACUACGAAAAUUCUAAUAAUAUUUUAAAAGUUUUUAACAAUAGUAAGAAUUCUAGUAAUGAUGAUGUUUUGAAUAAUAAUAAACUGAAAUUCAAUUUUGAAAUUGAUAAGACUUAUAGUGAUAAAAAGAAUAACAAAAAUAUAAGUUUUCAUAAAAAUUUAUAUUCUGAAGUAAAUAAAACUGAUAAAGAAAAAUUACAAAAAUUCAUCAUUGAGAAUCAAAAAAAAAAUAUAAAGCAGAAUGAUAUAGAGUUAGUUGAACUUAAUAAAAAAAAAGAAAAUGAUGAAAAUUAUCUUUAUUCUAAAGGGGAUCCUUGUAGAUUUAAAAAAAAUAAAUGCAAAAAAAAAAUAGAUGUGAUUAAUUUAAAUAAUGAAAAUAAAAUAAAAGAUAAAGUAAAUAAAGAAUAUAAUGUAAGUGAGCUAUGGAAUUAUUUAAAUUUUAUUCACAAUUCAGAAGAUAGUAGAUUAAGGUAUAAAAUAAGAGAAAUAAUUGAAGAAAAAAAUAGAAGUGAUAUAGAAAAGAAUAUUAAUAAAAAAGACGUAUUUAAUAAUAUGAAUGGUAAAAAUAAAUUAAUAAAAGAAGAAAAUUUUGAUUAUGAUGAAUACAAAAAUAUUAUUAAAUAUAUAUUACCAAGUAUGGCUGAUAGUAAAAUCAAACAUUCAUGGGACGUUUUAAAAAGUAAUUUAAAGAGUCAAAGCGAACAAAUAAAUUAUAAUGAGUUCUAUAAUUUCUUAAAUGAAACAACAGGGAAUAAUGAAAGUAAAUAUGUAAAUAAAAUUGUAUGUAGUAAAUUAAAAAAUAAAAUAUUAAAACAUAAUUUUGUCCCUUCUGAUGUCCAACUAAAAACAAUUAAUUAUGUUGAUAAUAUUAGAUCAAAAGCGUCAGAAUUUUCUAGAGAUUUCAAGGAAUUGAUAACAGAAAAGGAAUUAGAAGGUUUAUUUAAAGGUAAAGAAAAAAUUAAAAAAACAGAAUUAGAGAAUCAAAUUAUGGAUAUUAUUAGCAAAAAAACAAAAGAUAUAUAUUAUAAAGAGAUAGAUACAAAUUUUUCAAAUAAAGAGGAACUGAAAGAAUUAGAAAAGAAAAUCUUUAAGAAAAAAGAGGGUUUAACAAAUUUUAAUAUGAAAGCUUAUAUCUCUACUUUAUUAACAAAUAAAAAUGAUGAAGUAUUAGUGAAACAUUUCAUAGAAAAUUUGAGCAUUGAUUACGAUUCAUUAAAUAAUAAAAAUAAAAAUAUAAAAGAUGCUUAUGAUUUUUAUUCAAGAAAUAUUCCUCCUACAGAAAAUAUUGAAGAAUCUUACACUGAAGAAAUGAAUGAAGAGGAAAUAAAAAGAGCCAAAUUUUUAAUUGAAGAAAUAGACUAUUCAGUUAGAAAUAAUUUCAAACCAAAUUACGUCAGUGCAAACAUUAAUAAAAAAGAUUCUGAAAAAUCUUAUUUAUCCCUUUAUGAAAUUUUUAAGCAUUUAGAUAUAGAUAAAGAUAGUUACAUAACUAAAGAUGAUUUAAAUAAAUGUUUCAACAAAUUGAAAAUGAAAAAUGUUAAUAAUAACGAUGUAAAUAUACUUUUAAAAUAUAUAGAUACCCAAAGAAAAGGGUACAUAAGCAUUAAUGACUUUUUAAGAAAUUAUCACAUUGAAGAAAAAUCAAUGAUAAAUUGGAUAAAAAAUACGAACAAGCCUUAUUUUGAAUUUAUUAAAAAUUUAAAGGGAAAAAGUAGCCGUGCAAGAUGUACUAGUGAAAGUGUUCUAAAUAAUAAGAAUGCUUCUACUGCUAAAAAAUAUGAAGAUAUAAUAUAUAAUUAUAACUUGGAAUUAGAUACAUAUUGUCCUUCAUAUGUUAUAAGAGAAAGAAUUCGUGAUGAUUUCAUUGCUAAAAAAGAAGAUUUUUUGAAUAAACAUUUAAAUGCUACUAGAUUUCACUUAACAGAAUAUAAAAAUACAAAUAAUUUAAUAGAGCCUAUACAAAAUUCAGAUUUAUAUAUGAAUGAUUCUUUAAGGUUUAAAACAACUUACAAUUUAAAUUACAAUUAA